AUGCCCCCUUCUUCUUCUCCUGCUCCCAUAGGAGAAUGUAAAUCAUCCAACAUCUCCAAGUACCUCUCAGCUCCGGAAAUCUUUGUCGGUGGCCCAAAUGGCAAGUCUUUCUCCUGGUUGCUACAUAUGGAUCAACUGAAAAAAGGUAUCGGUAUGACUGACGAAGAAGCAAUUCUGGUGGCGGCCACCCACUUCUGUGGCAUGGCUGCCAAGUGGUGGGCCAUCUGUGAGGCCAAAGUCACAAUGUGGGAAGUCUUCUCCAAGGAGUUCAAGAAGCAGUUCGUCUCCCAGCAGAUGAAAGACGUCAGGUGGACGGAAAUUGAAGAAACCAGACAAGGCUCAGGACAAACCGUCGGUAAGGUAGCCCUCCACCUGCAGGAACUCUUUGGCCUGGUCACUUUGUCCAAUAAGGCCCAAAAAAUCCGGAUUUUGUUGAAGGCUCUCCGUCCAGAGAUUGCUUAUGAGAUAGAGAAGUCUGGUCUUCCUCGCUCCUGGGACAAGUUGGUUUGA